UCACUCACAGACUCAAUGGCUUCCAGAUCAGAGGAGGAUCUCUGCUGUCCGGUCUGUCAGGAGGUCUUCAGAGAUCCUGUUCUUCUGUCAUGCAGCCACAGCUUCUGUAAAGACUGUGUGAGGAGAUGGUGGAGGGAGAGGACAAUACACGAGUGUCCAGUUUGUAAGAGAACAUCAAUGUAUGAUCCACCUUUAAACCUGGCUUUGAAGAACCUGUGUGAGUCUUUCUUACAGCAGAGAGCUCAGAGAGCUUCAGAGGAUCUCUGCAGUCUGCACUCUGAGAAACUCAAACUCUUCUGUCUGGACCAUCAGCAGCCAGUGUGUGUCGUCUGCAGAGACUCACAAAGACACAGCGAGCACAGAUUCAGACCCAUUGAUGAAGCUGCACGACAACACAAGAAGGAGCUUCAGGAAACUCUGGAGCCCUUAAAGAAGAAGUUAAAGGUUUGUGAAGAAGUUCAGGUGAAGUUUGAUCAAACAGCAGAACACAUUAAGGUCCAGGCCCGACACACAGAGAGGCAGAUUAAGGAGCAGUUUAAGAAGCUUCAGCAGUUUCUAGCAGAGGAAGAGGAGGCCAGGCUGGCUGCACUGAGGGAGGAAGAGGAGCAGAAGAGUGGGAGGAUGAAGGAGAAGAUGGAGGCUCUGAGCAGAGAGAUAGCAGCUCUUUCACACACAGUCAGAGCCACAGAGGAGGAGCUGAGAGCUGAAGACGUCUCAUUCCUGCACAGCUACAAGGCUGCAGUGGAAAGAGUCCAGCGCUGCCCCCUGCUGGAUGAUCCACAGCUGCCCUCAGGAGCUCUGAUAGACCAGGCCAAACACUUGGGCAACCUGACCUUCAACAUCUGGAACAAGAUGAAGGACAUGGUCUCCUACAGUCCUGUGAUCCUGGACCCAAACACUGCUCAUCCAAAACUCAUCCUGUCUGAAUAUCUGACCAGUGUGACAGGAGGAGGAGAGAGGAAGAAGCUUCCUGAUAAUCCAGAGAGGUUUGAUUCCUACUGCUCUGUCCUCGGCUCUGAGGGCUUCAACUCAGGGACUCACAGCUGGGAGGUCGAGGUUGGAGACAGUACAGGGUGGGGACUGGGUGUGUUAGCAGAGUCUGUGCAGAGGAAGAGACUCAUUCAGUCUGGAUUCUGGAGAAUACGGUUCUACGAAGGCAAAUAUUCAGCAUGGUCUCCAUCAGGUCCAUCCACUGCUCUCCCAGAGCAGAAGAAGCUCCAGAGGAUCAGAGUGAAUCUGGACUGGAGCAGCGGAAAGCUGUCCUUCUCUGAUCCUGACACUAACACACACAUACACACCUUCACACACACUUUCACUGAGAGGAUGUUUCCAUACAUCAGCACCAACUGUAAAGUGCAGGUGUUGCCACUGAAGGUGUCGGUGGAGCAGAUCACUUCAGGACGAUCAUGUUUCUAA